UAUUUGACAAAAUCGUAAUCAAAUCAAACAGAAAUUCAUUCGUUGUGAAAUACAGACGUGUAUCGUGUAAUCGUGAAAGAUAAAACAUUUAGUUAAUUUUUCAAUUCAUAUAGUUUUCAAAGAAAAUACAACUCGGAACAAACAAAAUGGACGCCCUAGCGGAUAUCCUGCAGCCCCACAAGGAACUGAUCGGCUCCAUAGCAGCGAUCGUGACCAUCGGUCAGAUGUUCUCUGGCAGCUUCAUGUGCUGGGACAUCUACAAGCAGGGGAGCACAAGAGGCGUUACUAUCAUGCCGUUCAUCGGUGGUGUGGUGAUGAGCAUCCUCAAUUUGAAGUAUGGGUACAUCCUACGUGACGACACAAUGAUCCUGGUUAACCUGGUUGGCCUGGCUCUCAAUAUCAUCUACGUGAUGAUAUACUUCCAGUACACUUCGGAGAAGGUUAAAGUAUGGGCGCAGAUGGGCCUGGCGGGUGCAUUAUCUGCUGCAUUGAUUGGAUACGCACAGAUGGAAGAUCCGAAACUAGUGGAAAAUAGAUUCGGGUUGAUUAUUACGGCGCUGAUGUUUUAUUUGAUAGCUUCGCCCCUAUUUAACUUGAGUGAAAUAAUCAAGAAUAAAAGUACGGAAGGCAUGCCGUUCCCCAUCAUUCUUUCGGGUACUGUUGUCACCUUUAUGUGGCUGCUCUAUGGGAUCACGCUGCGCAAUUCAUUUAUUGUGAUUCAAAACAUCGUCGCAUUUGUCCUGUGUGCAGUGCAGCUGUCGCUAUUUGUGAUCUACCCUUCAAAACCCAAAGAAAAGUCAAAGGCCAAAAAAGCAAAGAAAAUUGACUAAAUUGUAACUCGAAUAUUAACCACAAUGAUGCCUCACUAGUGUGUAGAUAACUACGAACUGUGAAAAACAUACAGUAAUCAUGGUAUUUAUUUUUAAAAGAAUAGUGUAUUUUUUGGCCAUUGUACUAAUCGAUUCCGAUAUUUUAUUGUACAAAGUAACAAAUAGACGCUACAAAUUAGCAGUUGGUAUAAUUGAUUUUACUAUAAAUUACAACAAAAUUAAAUAAUAAACAAACAGGGCAAGCUAAACAAAUCCGUUUAGAAAUGAAUGGGAUCUCCUAUUAAGACAAUUCCAUUUAGCAUUUUAUAUUUUAAUCUUUAUGUAAAAUUAUUGUGCAGGUAUUGCAUUCAAUAAAUUGUAAUUAAUUUUUAAUUAAAACAUUAAAAAGAACCUGAUUAGUACCCGUAACAGAAGGUACAGUAUUUAAUUUUAGCCUUAUCUGCUAGUUUAUAGCUCAUCCACAUCAAGCGUUAUGGUUGCGAUUAGAUAAUAUUUUUACGGAUGGUUGACUGUUAUGAAAUGAUAAUAUUUUAUUGAGUCGAGAUGUACGUAAUGAAUAGAUUUAAGAUUAAGUGCCCUGUUACCUAUCAACGUAGUAUUUUAAUCGUUUUCAUUUUUUGAUAUUUUAUAAUGCUUAACUAAACAAUUUUUAUUUCCGUAUGCAUUAUUACUUAUAGUUUGUUUAAUUAUCUUAUCAUACGACAUUCCAACUCGAUAGUCAUUAUUGUAACUCGUGUUUAAUCUAAUGUUCAUUUGUUUUUGUUAAAGCAUUAACAUUUUCAUGCUAUGAAUUUCCUUUUUAUUGUAUUAAUCAACAGUUUAUUAUGAUGAUGUAUUUAUUUUAAUCAACCCCUGAGAAAUGCUGUUUGUGAUAAGAUGCAAACGUUGUGAUGACAUUUGUUAAUGAGAAUAUUGUUAAGCUUACCGGUGAAUAAAUUUUUAUAAUGUUUUAUUCUUA